UCAAUCGAUAUCGAACCGGUAGUCGAGGAGUAGUAGUUGUUAACAAUCGUGAAGUAAGCACCGAAUCAGCUCAAACAGAAACUGUAAAUUCUAUUAAGUCUGCUCAAAGUUUCACAAUUUUCAUUCAUUUCCAACGUGUUUCGUAUAAUUACAAGGUGUGAUUCGUGUUCAGACACUGAUUGCACCCCUUUUCCUUUAGUUACCGUUACAUGCGGACGUUUUUUUCGACUAAUUUAACCCUUUACAGCUACGCAAUAACAUCCAGAAUGAGCGAACAAGAACAAGAGGCCCAAUCCGAAAUGUCUCCUCAUGAAUUGGAGAAAAUGGAAGAGGCCAAAUUGAAGGCAAAGUAUCCGGCAGGUCCAAUGGGUCCACCUGGCCAGAAAGUGAUUGGUGGUCACUCGGCGUUCUUGCAAAAGCGCCUCGCCAAAGGGCAGAAAUUCUUCGACUCCGGCGACUACCAAAUGGCCAAGCAAAAAAUUGGGGGUGUCAAUAAACUACCAAGCAAACCAACUGCUCCAUUCGCCACAGGCGAGGCAAUACCCACACCAGAAACAGUGCCAGCCAGAAAAACGUCCAUUGUGCAACCCUCAAAGCUCAGUUCUAAUGUCAGUUAGUUAGGUUGUGUUUAUUUUAAGUUGUAGGUUUAGGAGUAAUUAUUUUCUGGAGGAGUUCAUUAUUCGUUUACUGAAAUUGUGGUUCUUUUAUCGCUAAAUGUUAAUACUUACUGUCACACUGAGUUAGUUUAGAUUUUACUGGAUGUAUUGAUUACUCUAAUAUGUUGAAUAAAAAAAGUUACUGCUGAUAAA